GUGUUCAUUAAUAAUUUGACUUAAGUCUUAAGUCAUAUCUUGCUUUCCGGAAAAUAUGGUUUUUUUGUCCAUAAUUGUUUUGAUUAUAAUAUAAUUGUGAUGUGUUUAGUUUCGCUGCGCGAAAAACAAUCGAAAUCAUGUGCGCGACAUUUUUUACUCAAAAACAUGAGAACAAAGCUAGAGCGGAUAUGAUGACCCUACAGGAUUGUAUAAAUGAAGAUCUAGAAUUUCUGUUUCCUGAUGAUCCUCCAACAAAUACUGUUACCGACAAAUAUCUCAUCCAGAACGUAACAUCACAAGAUCACACCGAUUCCGAUGAGGGAUGCGAAGAAACUGGUUGUGGCAAAUCCUUUUCAGCUUCCCAUCACUUGAAAACGCAUCACAGAAUUCACAGUGGGGAAAAGCCAUAUGCUUGCAAGGAAACUCCGGAUUGCAGUCGGGCUUUUGCCACGUCACAUAGUCUCAAGUCGCACAUCAAAACCCACCUGAGACAACCAUCUAACCAGAGCAUAAAUACAGUACAACAAAUCAGCAUUAAACCUUCGAAUACCGAUGAAUCGGAACCGAUAAAAAGCGAUUUUGAUAUGGUUAAAUACGAGGCGCUCAAACAUCCUGAAUUGACGAUAAAACAUGAGGCUUCCACGACGUUUGAUUUCGAAGGAAAUAUCAAUUUUGAUAGCAUCCAGAGGGAUUUGGAUUGGGGCAGUAUUGAGGGAAAUGAUGGAAACAUAGAUACAAGUUCCAAUAAUAUCAUUCCAAUCAACCAGUCCCCAACAUUCUCCGACCAGAACGUCGAUUCCCUCGGUUUCAACAACUUCUACAACUCGUUCAACUUCAGUUCGGACAACUCAUCAAUGGACACCGGUUUCCAGCAGCCCGUCGAACCCAUCACCGACCGAGUGAACCAGCUGCACAUCGAAAACAAGGCCAAAUACGCCAACGUCAUCGAAAACGACAUGAGUUCCCAAUUCGAAAUGGCCAACGGCUUGAAGAACUACGCUACCGUUAAUACAGCCGAACCGCUGGAUAUUCAGCUACCGUUCAACAUCGGAACUGAGAACGUUGAAAGCGUGGUGAAAGACGAAGGCACGUUGAUCAACGAACCUCAGCCAGAAUUGGAGGAAAACUCUUUGAUUACUGAAUUUGAGAACGCCGGUAUUAACUUGUUAGAUUUCGCCGAUACUUUUAACGAGAAUAUGUUUGAAAUUAAUAAUUCAGGCGUGAAUAACAAUAACACGAACGUACGAAUUUUAAGCGUGAAGACUAUAGUGGCUCCCAACGACGUCACACCUCAAUUUGUGACUAAGCAGAAGCCUGUGGUGAGUUCUCCGUCGUCUGAAGUUUUACAGAUGUCCAUGCCUAGCCACGAGGAGAUUUCGAAUUCUUGGGAUGUCGGUAAUUUCUCUAACAUGGGUCAAUUGAACAUAUUUCAAGAAAAUCUAAACGAAAACCCUCUUACGGCUAUAUCAACCGCCGUGCAAUCGUACUUAAACUUACCUCCAGUCCAAACUAACGCGUCCAGCGAUUACAGCAGGGUUUCUGUGGUAGAAGACAUCGAAAACGUCGAUCGUUUUCUAUCGUCCUUGAACCAGCAUCACCAGAACAAAAAUUCCGACGCUUUGAGGAACUUGGCCACCGAAGCAGAAAUCUGCAAAUGCGAAAAUUGUAAGUGCGAUUCUUAUGCUAGCUGCGAGACUUGUAAUGCCGCUUCCAACGAAGACGCUGCAGCCGCUCCUACCGCUUCCGCAUUAACAAUCAAUGAGUCAAGCCCGGCUCCGGUACCAUCCUCUUUGGAACCAAGCACUAACUGCCAAACUAAUACUCCGGUAGCUUCAAAUAAUCAACAGUGUUGCGACGCUUCUAAAAUUAAGUGUGAGCCAGUCCAGGCGGACCGAUCUUCUUCUUGUGCGAAAAUCGCUCAGAAUUCGUGCAACGAGAACUAUUUCAAGCAGGCUUUGUUGGGUAUCGUUCAGAAAACCGACGGAUGUAAGGAGAAAGGUGAAGAUUGCUGCGUGGUGCUGUGCCUCAAAACUAUGGAGCAGUUGAGGCAGAUGUUGAGGUUCGCUACCGGUUGCAAGGGAUUUAAGGAGUUUACUUUAGGCUGUAUUAAGAAAUCGCAGUUUGAUUCUUGUAACUAGGUUUGUGGGUCAACUAAAUGCAACGAUACAAAUACAUUUUUAAGUUGAUCAAAAGUACAAUUAUUAUUCUUUUGGCAAAAGUCUGCAUUGUUAUUGUAGGAUCUGAUCCCGAAUUCUAAAUUAUUUCGAAAAUUUGAAAUUGAUUCCUUUUUGCGGAUUUUUACAAAAUGUGGGAUUGCUUUAUCAUUACUUUGCUACUAUGGAAAUGUAUUUCCUCUGCUUGAAAGACAUCAAAGUUCUAUUUUGAUAUUGAAUCCUUAUUUUUAGGUUAAAAGUUCUUUUUGUUUUUCAGUUUUCCUUGUGUCUAAAACUACCCUCUCUUUAGUUAGUGGAGAAUCUUGGAUGAAGAUUUUAGUGGAUUUUUUUUAUUAUCGAGUUAAUAAUCUAUACAGGGUGUCUCAUUUUCGAGUGUUUUAUAAGAUUUUUCGUUUAUCAGGAAAGAUACAAAGAUGCGUUUUUCAAAUCACUGUGCUAUUUUUUUAUGAAACUAAAGAUGCUACACACAGAUUUGUUCUAGCCCUCAUAGUUCCUGAAAUACAAGGCGAAUUUCAAAAUGUUGCAUUUUUAGGCUAGACAGGAAAUUUCUUGCUACGGACCUUACAGAAUCCCACUACUGAUGUUUCGACAUCUGUAAUGUAACUUUACUUUUUCUUGACAAAUUUGAAGUGCCGAUCGCUAUCAGGAAAUGAUAAUUCUCUUUCCAGUAAUUUUACAUUUUACAAAGAGUGGUAAGAAAUUAACAAUGACUGAUAAGUAAAAGACAUGGAAAUGAAAACAAGAAAUGACUAUUGGAAUUAUAUGCAAUAAAUUUAAAAACGAUGGAAUUUUCUAACCAAUCAAAGUAACCUUUAAAUUCAACCACCUUUAGUAGGUAUAAAUUCAAACCUUUAAAUUCAACCACAAUAAAAUUAAUAUCAUAUCGUCUUAUAUCGGACGCCAUGAAAAUCCGUCAUAAGGCCUCUGAAGUUUAUCAGUACUGCAUACAUUUACUAUUUUGCUAAAUUUUAUCUUUUGCGCUCUUGUAGAAGAAUAUUUCUUACUAUCUGCUCAGAAUAAAUUAAAUACAGUCGAAUAUAAAACAUAUUUACAUUAAAAAAAUCAAAAAAAUAUUACCUAAUUUGAGCAGUAUUGAUGACCCUAACUAAGGAAGAUUUAUUUUAUUUUUUGAAGGUUUAUUUUCUCAUAUUCACUCUAUUGUGCGUUUCACUAUUGAUUUUAAAAUAUUAAAAUUUUUAAAAAUUGUUCCUAUAUUAAUACCUAAUUUAAAAAUUUUAAAAUCUAGUAAAUUUGAAAAAUUAUAGGAUUCGAUUAUUUAGUUUCGUUAACAUAAUUUUUAACAAAAUGUUAAUUUAAAAAAUAUUUAAAUCUAGAUUUAGUUUGUUCAUUCAUGUUCAUUUAGUUGAAUAAUCCGUCAAAAUAUUAUAUAUCUCAUACUGAUCAAGGUACCGUAUGACUGAAAAAAAACUGCGUUCAGUUGGCUUGGAAAUGAUCGAUGACAUUCCUCAUAAUUUUACAUAUAAAAUGUCAGCGAUCUUUAAUUCAUAGCCAUCGCUGAUGCCGUUUUUUUUUCGAUCGUAUUGUAUUUGACAUAUGCAUAUCAUUUUUCUUUUAAAAGUUAUAAAAAAGGAUAUAUAAAAGGAUGAAAGGUUACAUAUUAUAUAUUGACCACUACUUUGGAAGUACAUAAUUUUAUAUUGGCUGAUAUUAGUAUGUGUUCAAUUGCUAUACAUAUCUACAAUAUUACCUGGAUAUUUAGAUAGUGAUAAUAAUAUUAUGUACUUAUAAAUAUAUCAGACAGAAGGAACGUUAAAUUAACAAGUUUGACUGUAUAACACGAUUGAUGUGCAAUUAACCGUUAAAUGACUUUUAAUAGAUGUCAAUAUGAAAUCCGUCUUAAAUAGAUCUCGUCAAAUUUAGGAUGAUAUAAGAGCACAUUGUAGAUAAAAUCGCAUAAACACAUGGCCUAGUAGUGUAUAUUGCACUAGCUAGGCCCAGUAACAAGUACAAUACGAUCGAAAAAACGGGGUCAGCGAUGGCUAUGAAAUGAAGAUCGCUGUUAUCUUAUAUGUAAAAUUAUAUAGGGAAUGUCAUCGAUCGUUGUUUCCAAGCCAACUGGACGCCGUUUUUUUCGAUCACACGGUAGAACACGGCGUUUAUAUUUCUAAAACUGCAAUGAAACACGUAUAACUCAAAAAUACAAGUAUUUUAUAUUAAGUAAGUCAUUCUAAAUAAUUAAAGUGUCAGAAAUGGCUGGCAUUAAAAAAUAAUGCUCAUUUUUGUUGUAAUUUCAAGAUGGUAUUGUCUCGAAAAACUCUUAAAUUGGGUAUUUUUAGGUUCUGAAAAAAAUAUUUUUGCAAAAUAAUCUUUAAAAUAAAGUAAAGAAAUAUAUUAUCUGAACACAUUUAAAACGAAAAAUUUUCUAAUUAGCUAAGUAUAUCAUCCUAUAUUUGCCGAGUUGUAUGUUAUCUUUUUUAUAUGAAAUAAUUUGACUUUUUUAUUUUCCUAAUAAUUUGCUUAAUGUCAGAGUUACUAUGUUAUAUACAGGGUGGUCCGAAUUGUAACUGGGAAACUUUGGUAACAUAUUCUGCAGAUAAAAAUAAACAAAAAAGUUCAUAUAAAUGUAUGCCCUAGCUUCAUUUCAGAGAUACUGGGUGUAAAAAUUUAAUUUUUAUUUCGUUUUUUUUUCAAAUAAUUUCUGAACUAACGUCUAUAUAGGUAUGUAUAAAAAUUAGUGUCUGGGUAUUCUUCGAUAUCAGAAAUUUGAUUUCAUUAUUAGUAUAAUUGUAGGGGGCGCUACUAACUGUUUUUUUGAAGAGUAAUUAAGUUUUCGACUAUUAUUUGUAUUACAUUCCUGAGAGAAAAAAUAUACAUUUCCGCCGUUUUUUACGUUAUAAAGGGGAAUCUUGGUAAAAAUAGCUAAGGGCAAAAUCGCUAUGGGGAUCAAGAUAUUUGAAAUUGAAAUAAUCAUGUUGACUAGAUAGUUACUAGACUGAAAUAAUAAAUUUCAACAUCUUUUUAGUGCCAAACUGUUUUAUCAUAUUUUUUUCUAUAAAAAGUUAUGAUUAAUUUAAAAAUAAAAUGUUUCCAAAUUUAUCAUUUCAGUGAAAUAAAUAUCUAGUCAACAUAUUUAUUUUUUGUCAAUGAUGACAUAUAUUGAUUUGCUGGUAAAUUUAUACGAACUUUUUUUACUUAUUUUUAUCUGCAGAAUAUGUUGGUGAAAUUUCCCAAUAAUAAUUCGGAGUACCCUGUAUAUUGAAAAAGAAAAAUUAAUAACAUCACUUAAAUGAAAAAUAUCAUUCAAACGUUAUUUAUUGUAGAGUAUCUAAUAUAUACAUAUGAAUUUAAAUAUUUUAGUUUAAUUUGUAGAUUAUCUUUAUUGUGAUUGAAAUGUGUUUCAAUUUGAAUGCGUGCAAGUUUGAACGUAAUUUUUUGAACUAAUUUUUGUGUUAACUAAUACUUAAUAAAAUAUAGAAUAUAUGUCAUAAAAUAAAAUAUAGUAAUUUUUAGUUAAAUUUAGGUUUCUUUGGAUUGUUUUAAAUUAAUCUAUUAUUUUGUAUUUCAGCAUUUUUGAUCAUCUAAAUUGAAUUUGCGGUUGAAAAUAAAGCAAGCCAUAUAUUGCUAGCAUAUAAAUAUAGAGGCCAUACAAGAUAAUACUUAAAAUAUUAACUGAUUUUUAUUUUUUAAUUUGUUAUAUCGCCUAUGUGCCUUAAACUAAACGUGCCAAAAGGCAAAUUUUUGUGAUUUGUGUUUGUUAAUCAUUUUUUAUUUAAGCUUCUUUCUAUUUAAAUGGUCUAAAAAAUUUAAUCUUCGAUCUUAAAACAUCUAAAAUGGAUAACCAAUAUAAUAGAAAGUAGCUUUUGUUAUAUUUUUUUGUUCUUUUUAUGUGCUUAUUCUGUACUAUAAAGAUAUUUGAGAUUUUAUUUUGUUACUUAACAGAUUUUAUUUUCAUUUAUUUUAUUUUCAAAUAGACUAUUUUGUUAUUAUACUAGUCAGAAGAGGUGUUGUUAUUGGACAAUAUGUAAAAUAGUUUAUUAAUUUCAAGAAAUAAGUAAAAUUCGUUCUAUUGUUUUAUAUAGAUAAAAUAAAAGAGCUGUGUAGAUAGAAGAUGUUUACCUUUAAGUUGACAUCAUUUUACGUUUGUUCUUUAAAAUUGAAAUAAAAAUUGAUAUAUAAUAUA